AUGGGUGACGUACUGGUUAGUAAUUCCGUGCAAAACAAUGAGGAAAGAAGGCAACGAGCUGAAAGUCGUCUUGUGAGUGACGAUAUUAAUGCCGAUGAUUUUCCAGAAACUGUUGAAGUCCCGCAAGAUUUGAAUCGCGCGUUUUCUUUCAAAACGCUAUGGGCAUUUACCGGGCCAGGAUUUUUAAUGAGCAUUGCGUAUUUGGAUCCAGGAAAUAUCGAAAGUGAUCUACAAUCCGGUGCCAAAGCGCAAUAUCGACUUUUAUGGGUGCUUAUGUGGGCUCAUAUUAUUGGAAUGUUGCUGCAAAGAUUGUCAGCUCGGCUUGGAGUCGUCAGUGGGAAGCAUAUGGCAGAAAUCGCAUUCCAUUUCUAUCCAAAAAUUCCUCGUAUCAUCUUGUGGGUUAUGAUUGAGAUUGCCAUCAUCUGCAGUGACAUGCAAGAAGUUAUCGGAACUGCCAUUGCGUUUUAUUUGUUAUCUAGAGGAUCAAUUCCACUGUUCGUUGGUGUCCUCAUAACGGUUCUUGAUACCUUUACAUUUUUGUUUAUCGAUCGAUGCGGUGUUCGAAAAUUGGAAAUGUUUUUUGGUCUCUUGAUUACAAUUAUGGCUGCUUCAUUUGGAUACGAGUUCGUCGUCGUUAAACCAAGUCUACCAGCGAUCAUUAGUGGAACUGUGAUUCCUUGGUGUAGCGGAUGUGGAAAAGAAGAAUUCAUGCAAGCGAUUUCCGCAGUUGGCGCCGUCAUCAUGCCGCAUAAUUUAUAUCUUCAUUCGGCGCUGGUGAAGUCGCGCAGAAUCAACCGCAAAUCACGAAGCUGUGUUGAAGAGGCAAAUAAAUACUACGUAAUUGAGUCAGCAGUCGCGUUGUCAGCAAGUUUCUUUAUCAAUCUCUUCGUUGUGGCCGUUUUUGCACACGGUUUAUAUGGAAAAACAAAUGCUGAUGUUCGCGAGAUGUGCAUUUCCCAGCACGGAAUUCCGGAUCCAUUAGCUUUUCCGAAUAACACGAAUCCUGUUGAAGUUGAUAUUUAUAAAGGUGGAAUUUACCUGGGAUGUGAAUUUGGUUUAGCUGCCAUGUUUGUGUGGGCUGUUGGAAUUUUUGCCGCUGGACAAAGCUCCACAAUGACUGGAACAUACACUGGACAAUUUGUGAUGGAAGGAUUUUUAAAUUUAGUCCUUCCGAAAUGGCAAAGGAUACUUAUCACACGAUCUAUCGCCAUCAUUCCAACUCUUAUCUUAACUUUUUAUACACACGGCGUUAAGAAUCUGACAGGAAUGAAUGAUUUGUUGAAUUGCGUUCAAAUGAUCCAAUUGCCGUUUGCUUUAAUUCCGAUCAUAACGUUCACGUCAAGCAGUAAGAUCAUGCAUGAUUUCCGCAGUUCAAGAUCAUUUCAACUGUUUGCACUUUCGGCUUCCGCAGUCAUCCUAUCAAUCAACGUUUACUUUAUUUGUGAAUAUGUUUCUUCAGUCAUUGGGUCACAAUGGUAUGUGAUCAUUGGAUUGGUGCCCCCAACAUUGUUAUAUAUUGCUUUUGUUGGUUAUUUGACGGUGUAUUGCUUGGUUGCAUGCGAAAUAAUUUCAGAGGACUUGACGAUUCGAGGAUUCAAUUUCAAACGCGAAUAUGAAAAUGUAGCUCCAUGGAGAUAG